AUGGACUCACCGGACUGUGUCACUGUGGAGAGGGGAGUGCCGGUAAAUGGAUUGGAUUUGGAUAAAUGGAUUGUUGGGUUGGGAUUGGCCUCAUUCGCCUCGGCUCAGGACUGGGCCUGCCUCUACAAAGCGGAGAAGACACGAGCCAAUUGGGAGUAUGUUGCAGAAAAUGUAAAAUCUGCAGUAACUGGAAAUUAUGAUGAUUUCAUGGAGAUACUGUCUUGGAGUUACAACCACUUGCCUCAUCGUCUUAGAGCAUGCUUCCUUUAUAUGGGAAUUUUCCCUGAAAAUUAUGCGAUCCAUGUCUCCCAUCUUAUCAGGCUAUGGGUUGCUGAGGGAAUUUUAAAGCCAAAUACGCAUAAAAGUUUGGAAGAAGUGGCAAAGGAGUAUUUGGAAGAACUUAUUGAUAGAAGUCUAAUUAUGGUUCGGGGCCAGAUUUACACUGGGGAAAUCAAAACCUGCAGCAUCCAUGACACCAUGAGAGAACUUUGCAUGAGGAAAGCUCAGGAGGAGAAGUUUCUUUAUGUCGCCAAUCACGAAUUUGAUAUUUCUUCGGAAGUUGUGAAAAAUCAGCUUCCCCUAAGCAUUCAUCGAAAAAUGUGGUAUGACAGAUCAGACAUACAUGACUCAACUAUCCGUUCAAUUCUAUACUUCACAGAUAAUAUUCUAUUGCCAAAUUUUCUAUAUUUUCAGCUGCCCAGGGUGUUGGAAGCAGGCAAUAUACAUUUCUCUCAGUUUCCAAUUGAAAUAGUAGAACUUGUUAAUUUAAGGUUUAUUGCUCUGUCCUACACUGGGAUAUUCAAGAUUCCUGCCUCAAUAUAUAAAUUUUGCAAUCUUCAGACCUUGAUUGUUUAUCGAAAGUCUGAGGGUGACAAUAAAAUAUUGUUACCGGAGGAACUCUUGAAGAUGCCAAGGUUAAGGCAUCUCUUGUUCGAUGAAGCUCUCUUGCAUUUUUCUCAUGGUCCACAAAAUGCGAACCUACAAACACUUUCUGGUGCAAUAGAUUUCAGAUUCACUCAGGAGGCCCUUCAAAUAAUUCCAAACCUGAAGAAAUUGGGAAUUUCUUACUAUUGUGGAAGUCAAAUUGAGUUGUCAUUCUAUUGUCUUGAGAAUAUUGUCUAUCUGCAACAACUUGAAAGUUUUAAGUGCAAUUUUCGAACACAUGUUCCUCUGCCUCAUAAUAUGUCACUUGCUGGUUCUCUUCCCAACCUUGAAGUUCUCAAACUAAAAGGCGUUAUCUUUGAAAGCACUUCAUGGAAAACAAAAGAAGGGGAAUUUUCUCUACUAAAAUUCCUGCUUGUUGAAAGGAAUACUUUGAAAUUCUGGGAAGCCAAGGCAGCGCAUUUCCCAAGCCUUCAGCGCCUAUGUCUUAGGUAUUGCCGGAGGUUAAAGUACAUCCCUCCUGGAAUUGGUGAAAUUCCAACUCUUCAGCUACUCAUCUUGUAUGAAUGUUCAUCAUCUGUUGUGACUUCGGCAACUUCAAUCCGAGUGAAACAACAAGACUUGGAGAACGAUGACCUUGAGGUUCAUGCCUAUUCAUUUUUAAUGGAUAUAAAGCCUCCCAUAGCAUCUUCAACCGUAAGCAAGCAGGGGUUCAGUUGCGGAGAAAAAGAGGACUCAGAAAUUGAUGUUUCAUGUGAGCAAGGGUAUUCCGGGUUGGAUUCAAUUGGAAUAGCUAAGAAAGAGGAGACUUGCUUUGAAAUGGAAAACAGAGAGUGGGAAACAGGGGAUCUUGAAAUUGAGGCCUCUUUUGAUAAAAAUAUUUUGGAUUGGGAAGCUUGA